ACCGAGCGCGGAGCGGUCAUGGACGGUACUGGUCAACCCGGACCUCGGAGAAGGAAAGCGAAGCGAGGAACAGCGCUUGUCACGCGUGAGGAAACGCCUAUCCUCCGCCCUUCCGAGCUAGACUUCACUUCACUGACUAGAGAGGAAGAAAACGUCUGUGACCGCCCGCCCGCCACGCCUCUUUCUGUGGAUGGACAGGCGAUACCGGAAGUGGGUGGGGUAACCUGAAACGCUUCCGGCGACUAGCGGUGUUUGAGGUGCAGGUGAGCGGCGGGUUCCCGUCCGCGUCCCGCCGACGGGCGACUGGACGCCCUCGCGGCCCUCAGGUGCAUCCUUGCGAGAGCUCAAAAUGAACUAUAUGCCCGGCACCGCCAGCCUCAUCGAGGACAUCGACAAAAAGCACUUGGUCCUACUUCGAGAUGGAAGGACACUUAUAGGGUUUUUAAGAAGCAUUGAUCAGUUUGCUAACUUAGUGCUCCAUCAGACUGUGGAGCGAAUUCAUGUGGGCAAAAAGUACGGUGAUAUUCCUCGAGGGAUUUUCGUGGUCAGAGGAGAAAAUGUGGUCCUACUAGGAGAAAUAGACUUGGAGAAGGAGAGUGACACGCCCCUUCAGCAAGUGUCUAUUGAAGAGAUCCUAGAAGAGCAGAGAGUAGAACAGCAGGCCAGACUGGAGGCAGAGAAGCUGAAGGUUCAGACCCUUAAAGAUCGUGGUCUCUCCAUUCCUCGCGCAGACACUCUGGAUGAGUACUGAGUCCUUGCUCAGAGACUGCUCUAGAGAGCAGGUGCUGUCACCUCUGGUCACACAUUUGAUCAGAUAUCACAUUGAAAAGUGAUAUUUUCUCAUGGAUGCCAACAUGAAGAAAUCAUGGGAUUUUGUGUGUGUGUGUUUUUAACAAGAUCAUUGUAUAUUAGUUUUGCUUUUCUUCUUCAGUCUCAACACACGGUCCUGGCCGACCUAGAACUCACUAUGUAAACCAGGAUGACCUCUAGCUUGUGGGAUUGCAGGUGGGCUCCACCAGCCCAGCUUCACUGUUUAAAGAAACAGUGGCAUGACCUCCCCUCACAUAAGUCACUGUGGGGCCAAGAAUCAUGUCUUUAUAUUGCUUUUCUUAUCUCAAUUACAUUUCUUUUCAAAAAAUAUUUCAUUUACUUGUAAAUAAAAAAUGAAUCUCAGAACUGU